AGCCGGCCGCGAUGGACGCGGUCUUGGAGCCCUUCCCGGCCGACAGGCUGUUCCCCGGAUCCAGCUUCCUGGACUUGGGGGAUCUGAACGAGUCGGAUUUCCUCAACAAUGCGCACUUCCCCGAGCACCUGGACCACUUUGCAGAGAACAUGGAGGACUUCUCCAACGACCUGUUCAGCAGUUUCUUUGAUGACCCUGUGCUGGACGAGAAGAGCCCUCUCCUGGACAUGGAACUGGACUCCCCCACGCCGGGCAUCCAGGCCGAGCACAGCUACUCCCUAAGCGGUGACUCGGCGCCUCAGAGCCCUGUCGUGCCCAUCAAGAUGGAAGACACCACCCAAGAUGUGGAACAUGGAGCGUGGGUGCUGGGGCACAAACUGUGCUCGGUCAUGGUGAAGCAGGAGCAGAGCCCGGAGCUGCCCGUGGACCCUCUGGCCGCCUCCUCGGCUAUGGCCGCCGCCGCCAUGGCUACCACCCCGCUGCUGGGCCUCAGCCCCCUGACCAGGCUGCCUGUCCCCCACCAGGCCCCAGGAGAGAUGACUCAGCUGCCAGUGAUCAAAGCCGAGCCCCAGGAGGUGAACCAGUUCCUCAAAGUGACACCAGAGGACCUGCUGCAGAUGCCCCCGACGCCCCCCAGCAGCCAUGGCAGCGACAGCGACGGCUCCCAGAGUCCCCGCUCUCUGCCCCCCUCCAGCCCUAUCCGGCCCAUGGCCCGCUCCUCCACGGCCAUCUCCACCUCUCCACUCCUCACUGCCCCUCACAAAUUACAGGGGACGUCGGGGCCGCUGCUCCUGACGGAGGAGGAGAAGCGCACCCUGGUUGCUGAGGGCUACCCCAUCCCCACCAAACUCCCCCUCACCAAAGCCGAGGAGAAGGCCUUGAAGAGAGUCCGGAGGAAGAUCAAGAACAAGAUCUCGGCCCAGGAGAGCCGCCGUAAGAAGAAGGAGUACGUGGAGUGCCUAGAAAAGAAGGUGGAGACAUUUACAUCUGAGAACAAUGAACUGUGGAAGAAGGUGGAGACCCUGGAGAAUGCCAACAGGACUCUGCUCCAGCAGCUGCAGAAACUCCAGACUCUGGUCACCAGCAAGAUCUCCAGACCUUACAAGAUGGCCGCCACCCAGACGGGGACCUGCCUCAUGGUGGCAGCCCUGUGCUUCGUCCUGGUGCUGGGCUCCCUCGUGCCCUGCCUCCCUGAGUUCUCCUCUGGCUCCCAGACUGUGAAGGAAGACCCGAUGGCCACUGACAGCAUCUACACCGCCAGUCAGAUGCCCUCCCGGAGCCUCCUGUUCUACGAUGAGGGAGCGGGCUCAUGGGAGGAUGGCCGCAGUGCCCUGCUGCCCGUGGAGCCCCCGGAUGGCUGGGAGAUCAAGCCCGGGGGGCCGGUGGAGCAGCGACCCCAGGACCACCUGCAACAUGACCACCUGGACAGCACCCACGAGACCAGCAAGUACCUGAGUGAGGCCUGGCCAAAGGACGUCGGUGGGAACAGCACGGGCCCUGACUUCUCCCACCCUAAGGAGUGGUUCCACGAGAGGGAUCUGGGUCCCAACACCACCGUCAAGCUCUCCUAGGCCGUGCCAAGACCCAGGACACAGGGCGUACCCUCUGGUACUCAGAAGAGGGGUCGUCCUGCUCACCAACCCGGAUCCGGCUCGUACCCCUGCCCCCUGGGGUCCCCUCCCAGGAGAAAGGGUUCCACUCCCCACCCCCUACCAGCCCCUCUUUGCCCCAGAUCUUGACUGGGGCCCCCCUUCCCCCCAUAUUUGGACUGUUCCCUUGGGCCAACCACUCUGUUCUCACCCCCUCCCUCCCACAACCAUCCGUCCUUCUCAGAUAAACCACUCACUGGGUUACCCACCUCCUUUCUUAUAAUGACCAAGAGGACCACUGCCUCCCUGCCCCACCGCGACCACAUACAUACACACAGACACAUCAACAGACCAACUCACUAAGCCCCUCCCCGCCCCCCCCACUGUACAGAGACCAAGAACAGAAAUUGUUUGUAAAUAAUGAACCUUAUUUUUUAUUAUUGCCAGUCCCUAAGAUAUUGUAUUUUACAAGUCUCCCUCCUACCUUCAACCCUCCCUUGUUUUGUAUUUUAUGAAGUUAGUGCGGGCUUCGCUGCUCCCUGGCCCAGGAGAGAGGGUCCCCCCACCCAGAACCCCUCACCUGGCCUCCCCCUUGCCGCUGCCCAAGCCGCUGGGCCUUUUUAACUGCCAAACCGCUUCACCCAUCAGCUCAGCACAUGCUUUAA